CGGCGCCCGGAGGGGCGGACCCGCGCAAGUGAUUUAACAUGGCGGAAAAUGCCACCGUAGAGGGUCCCAGCCCGCGGGGUCGUGGGGAUGGGGAAGACGCAGAGCUCCCAGAAGAGGGGAUGGCAGAAACGCCCAAAGAUGAUCAGGAGCAAUUUGAGUGCCAGGAACUCCUCGAGUGGCAGGUGCAGAUGGGGGUCCCCGAGGAAGAAGAGGACUCGGGCCCGGUGGCCGAGGCCGAGGCCGUAGCUGCCGGCUGGAUGCUCGAUUUUCUCUGCCUCUCUCUGUGUCGGGCCUUCCACGACGGCCGCUCCGAGGACUUCCACCGGACCCGCGACAGUGCGGAGGCUAUUAUUCAUGGACUGUCCAGUCUAACAGCUUAUCAGUUGAGAACUAUAUACAUAUGUCAGUUUUUGACAAGAAUUGCAGCAGGAAAAUCCCUCGAUGCACAAUUUGAAACUGAUGAACGAAUUACACCCUUGGAAUCAGCCCUGAUGAUUUGGGGUUCAAUUGAAAAAGAACAUGACAAACUUCAUGAAGAAAUAGAGAAUUUAGUUAAAAUUCAGGCUAUAGCUGUUUGUAUGGAAAAUGGGAAUUUUAAAGAAGCAGAAGAAGUCUUUGAAAGAAUAUUUGAUGACCCGAAUUCUUAUGAGGUACCUUUAAAAAGGAAAAUGCUUAUGGUAAUCUCUGAGAGAGAUACAUUCCACUCAAUUUUUCAACACUUCAGCUAUGACAACAUGAUGGAGAAAAUUAAGAGUUAUGUGAAUUAUGUGAUAAAUGAAAAAUCAUCGGCCUUUCUUAUGAAGGCAGCAGCGAGAGUAGUAGAAAGUAAAAGGGCAAGAACAACUCAAGAUAAACCUAAUGGUAACAAUAUUGAAAUGGAAACCGAAGCUAAUUUGGAUGUAGGAAAAAGGUCUCACAAGAAGCUCUUCCUACCUCAGUUGAAACAUGGAAGCCAACAACAGGACUUUAAUAGUCAAGAAGGAGUGGGAACUCUUCAGGGUGAAAGAAUGAAAAGACUCAGGCAAGCCACUGAAAAGAGAAGACGUAUUUUGAACAGUCAGCCAGUAACUUCUAAAAAACAUGGAUCUAGGAAAAAACAGGCAUGGGUUUGGGAAGAAGACAAGAAUCUGAGAUCCGGUGUGAAGAAAUACGGAGAGGGAAACUGGUCUAAGAUACUAUUACAUUAUAAAUUCAACAACCGAACAGGCGUCAUGUUGAAAGACAGAUGGAGGACUAUGAAGAAGCUAAAACUGAUUUCCUCAGACAGUGAAGACUGAAUAUGUUUGUAAAAGCUUGAUAAGAGGACAGUUAAAUAUUUUGAUCACUGCAUUUUGUUUGAAACUUGGUGGUCAUUGAGGUAUCUUAAAAUUUUGGUCUAAAGCAUUACAGUAUCAUUGUAGUAUCACUUUAACUAAUAUGAAGAUUUAUGCUAUAAGAGUAAGAUUAUAUGCCAUCAUUGCAUUCUUUAAGAAUCUUUUUCUUUCGAUAAAAUGUAAAUUUGUUUGAAUCCUGAUGCUUUUAGUAACCCUGUCCCCAAAUCCUAUUCCAAUUUAAAAAAAAAAAAUUGAAAACCUGGUAAGAGUAAAAUAUAUUUAUUCCUAUUAAACUGUUCUGCGUCUGUAGGCUGACUUCACCUUUAUAACACACAUAAAAGUGAAGUUUCUCUAAGGCUUGAUUUAUGGCCUUAACAUAGUAGUUACUAAUACAUUUGUAUAUAGAAUGAUACAUGUACGAAGUAAUCCAUGAGUUGUAGCGUACUUAAAUUUUCCUUUCAGUUGUUUAGUAUAGAGGAGGAAACUUAAAAAUAGUAAUACCCAUAGGAGGACAAAGUUUAUACUAUUACCAAGAAUAGCUUCAUGUCUCACUUAGGUACAUUUAACUUUGUUCCAGAGUGAAGACUUUGACAAAGAUGGUUUUCAAUCUGCCUUUAACCUGGUGCCAUAAAUACCAGUUUCUUUGAUUUUUUUUUUCUAUAUUUUCAUUUAAUACAUCAAUAUUGGGCCUAAGUGGUAUUCUGUAAAUGCUUAAAUUACUAUUACCCAUGAUCAUUUUGAUGUCUGUGAUAAUUACUAAAUAAACAAGGUCAUCUAUACCUUACUGAACAA